CUUGUUGCUCGAGCGUUUCCAGCAGGUUGCGCGCUGGUUCUGGAAGCGGGAGCUUUCGCCCUGCUCGCGGUUAAGCCGCGCUGCGCCGCGCCGCCCCCCCCCCUCCGCCCCCCCCAGAGCUCCAGGAAAGAGGAAGCGGCGUCUACCCGAGCAGGAAGAAAGCAGCGCGACGGGAUGUUGGCCCGAGAGUCCGAGGGAGCUCCCGAUGGGGGCUGAAGGGCUGCACCGCCCGGCCUCUCCGGGGCUUCUCCCCCGGCUCUUUGUUACGCUCCGGCUCUUCUUACCCUGCCAGGGCGACCUCUGAGACAGCUCCCCGCGCAGUCGACUCCGCGCGCGCCGCUGCUAAAAAGUUUGCUGCUCGCGGGCGGGCGGCGAAGGCGAGGCGGGUGCAACCGCGGGGCGGAGUAGAAACUUUCCUCGGGAUUCUUGUUUGCUGCAGCUCGGCGGCUCCGUCCUGAGGAGCCUGCCUGGUAUCUCCCGACCCGUCUUUUGAAAACUUCGACAGGGUCGGAUUUGGAGCCUCCCUUUGCGGACAAGCCUCGGAUUAACCAGCCUCCCGUCGAAUCGGAAGCCCGUCCCUUCGGAGGCUCCUGCCGCCUCCCCCCGAGGAAAUCCCUCCCCAAGUUUGGACCCCUUGUAGGAGCUUUUCGGGCACCGGCUCCAAAGCGUCUCUCCUUCCCUUCUUCCCCCCCACACUCCUGGGGGCCGGGGGAGAUGUUCCCUUAAGGGGCGACCCAGCUCGACCCGCCGCUGCUUGGCUUUCAGUUUCCGGCGUGGAGUUUAUGCUUCGAGGAAAAAACGGGCCCGCCUGUGUCUCCUGCGAGCCCCGCCAUGUCGACGGCGAUCACCGCCGCGGAAAAAGUGGAUGGUUUCACCCGGAGGUCGGUGCGCAAGGCUCAGAAGCAGAAGCGGUCGCAGGGCUCGUCGCAGUUCCGCAGCCAGAGCAGCCAAGUGGAGCUUUUCCCGCUGCCCCAGCUCAAAGAUGCUACUUCAAAUGAACAACAAGCCCUCUUCUGUCAGAAAUUACAGCAGUGCUGUGUAUUAUUUGAUUUCAUGGACUCUGUCUCUGACUUAAGGAGUAAAGAAAUUAAAAGAGCAACACUGAAUGAACUAGUGGAAUAUGUUUCUACAAAUCGUGGUGUGAUUACUGAAUCAGCAUAUUCAGAAAUUGUAAAAAUGAUUAGCUCUAAUAUCUUUAGAACACUUCCUCCAAGUGAAAAUCCUGAUUUUGAUCCAGAAGAGGAUGAGCCUACAUUAGAAGCUUCUUGGCCCCAUAUACAGCUGGUGUAUGAAUUUUUACUAAGGUUUUUAGAAAGUCCUGAUUUCCAACCUAGCAUUGCAAAACGACAUAUUGACCAGAAAUUUGUACACCAGCUGUUGGAGCUUUUUGACAGUGAAGAUCCACGAGAGCGUGACUUUCUAAAAACAGUACUUCAUCGAAUUUAUGGCAAAUUCCUUGGAUUAAGAGCAUUCAUCAGGAAACAAAUCAACAAUAUUUUUCUCAGGUUUAUAUAUGAAACGGAACAUUUCAAUGGUGUUGCUGAGCUACUUGAGAUACUGGGAAGUAUUAUCAAUGGUUUUGCAUUGCCACUGAAAGCUGAACAUAAACAAUUCCUUCUGAAGGUUCUUAUUCCCAUGCAUACUGCAAAGGGAUUAGCUUUAUUUCAUGCACAGCUGGCGUACUGUGUUGUUCAGUUCUUGGAAAAAGAUAUGACAUUAACAGAGCCGGUUAUCAGAGGAUUGCUGAAAUUUUGGCCAAAAAUAUGCAGCCAGAAAGAGGUCAUGUUUUUAGGUGAAAUUGAAGAAGUUCUGGAUGUAAUAGAACCGACACAGUUCAAAAAAAUACAAGAGCCUCUUUUUAAACAGAUAGCAAAGUGUGUGUCAAGUUCACAUUUUCAGAUUGCAGAAAGGGCUCUGUACUUUUGGAAUAAUGAAUACAUUCUUGGUCUGAUUGAAGAGAACAUUGAUACAAUUUUGCCAAUUAUGUUUGGCAAUUUAUAUAAGAUCUCCAAAGAACACUGGAAUCCGACCAUUGUAGCAUUAGUAUAUAAUGUGCUGAAAACACUGAUGGAGAUGAAUGGGAAACUAUUUGAUGAACUCACAAGCACUUACAAAGCAGAAAGACAAAGAGAGAAGAAGAAAGAAUUAGAACGUGAAGAAUUGUGGAAAAAGCUGGAAGAACUCAGACUCACCAGAACUUUGUCUAACCAGCCAAGUAAUACCUCCUCCUCCUCUCUGACAAAUAUACCAAAUGAUAGUGCCAAGUUUUGGAAGAUGUCUGAUUUAUUAUGACAGUAUUAAUAUUUUAAGUAAGUGUAACAGAGGUAUAUUUUAUUGAAAAAUCUUUAGCAUAAGUAUUAUUUAAUAAGAGCGCUCGAUAAAAUUCCUAUUUUCAAUGUUUGGUUUUGUUUCAGUAAAUAAUAACUCUUGCUAAGACAAGAGCUAUUUUUAGGUUUAUUAUACUGUAUUCUGUGAACAGAGGAGUAGGCAAACCAAAAUUGACAUGUGGCACCACAUCCCCCCAAAUCUGGCAGCAUAUUGCAUCAUAGCAAUAGCACUUAGACUUGUAUACCACUUCACAGUCUUUUACAGCCCUCUCUAAGCAGUUUACAGAGAUAGCAUAUUGCCCCCAACAAUCUGGGUCCUCAUUUUACCGACCUCGGAAGGAUGGGAGGCUGAGUCAACCAUGAGCCGGUGAAGAGUCCUGGCAAUGUGAGCAGUUAUCCUGCAAUACUGCAUUCUAACCACUGAGCCACCAUGGCUCUUAUAAUCAUCACAAUGCCUCCAGUAGUUAUCAGAUAUCAGCUGUCCUUUUUAUAAAAAAGAUUGUACCUACUUUUGCAGCUAAAAGUCCAACACAUAAAAGAGCUGAAAUCCAAUAGAGAAUGUAUUAAUUAAGUUAGGAAUGGUAAGAAAUCAAACUGUUAUGUCCUACAGCCAUCCAAUAUUGAUCAAUCUCUUUAGUCAUGCUUUUGGGAUUAGUUGUUAAUCAGUGGUAUGUUCAAUAUACAGUUAGUGCAUAUAGUUUUAACAAUGUGUUUUCAUCCCUUGGGAAUAUGUUUGUCAGAGCAAUAGCUGGAAUGUAAGUGAUUCUUAAUGCUGAAUCAGAAUCCAAUAAAACACUGUUCCCUCUGAUUGGCUGCAUAUCCAGUGGAAGGCCUUGAAGCAAAUGUCUUUGUCCCUGAGUUGAUUAGUGAUUGGACUCAAUGUUUGGGAACAGGAUUAAAACGAAACCUAUUACUGGUAGAUAACUAUAUUUUAAAUUCCCAUUUUUUUUUUUAAAAAAAAAAGCAAUCUACUUCAUCCAUACAAAUUGUUUCUUUUUUACAGGAAGUUAUUUUUUUUUCAGGAAUAUUAUUACCACUAAGUAGCAGCUUGUAAAAGAAAUCAUAUUUUUGGAAAAGACUGUGGAUUUAUAAAGAGUCAAAUCAUUUUCUAAAACUUCCAAAUGUUAAAGUUCAGUCCAACAAAGCAAUUUGUCCUUCCAUCAAUGCAGUUUUCUUGUGUAACAUAGACGUUGGUUUAAUCAUCCUAGUUGAACUUCUCAGUGAAAGAGAAAUCUGUGAAGCACAUUGUUUUCAACUUAUAUGGUUCAAGGCUUGAGUUUUUCUCUUGAGAUGCCGUUUUCGGAUUUUUAUCAUCCAUUUCACA